UUUAAUCCAACAACAACAAAUAUUAUAUUUAUAAACACUUUGAAACAAUAAUAAAUCAACAAGUGGCUUAGUGAGAAGUGCCUUUGAUUACAGUGCUAGUGCCUAAACAGAAGAAGACAAUUUUGCAUUUAUGCAUAUGAAUCCGCAUCAUCUCUGAAACGAUUCGUUUAAACGACGCAAGAAUGCCACGAUUAUCUGUCCUGACCCCCUACAACGGAAGGAGUUCUUCGCCCCCGAGAUCCCCGACGAUAUCGCCGUCGAGUAGUCCUCAAGCCGGGGUGUCCUCGAGGAGUGCGAGUCCUUCAUCGCCCAGGUCGCCCUUACCCAAUUCCAGAUACAGCGCGUUCUCUUUAGUCUCUCCCAGAUAUCUGCAUCCCAAAGACUACAUUUCUAUGAGAGAAAUGGGAGCAUUAAUGUACAAUAACCCUCUAGUCCCAGUCGCCUAUCCGCCUUACAUGUGGCCUCAUUUACCAGGACUCUUUCUGCCUUAUUCACAUGUCAACAGACCGGAAUCCCUUAGUCCGGAUCGAGCGACAGUCAUUGAACAAGGAUGCACUCCAGAAAAAUCUAAAGCUGACGAAGAUGCGCCGUUGAAUUUGUCUAUGAAAGGAAGAUCGAGGUCCCAAAGCAUAUGGUCUCCUGGGAGUUUGUGCGAGCAGGAGAUGAAAAUAAUUAGCAUGAGACCGGACUCGAGCCUUGAGGGAUCGGUUAUUAGGCACGGCAGGCAGACGACGGACACGAGGUGGUCGUGGGACGCCGACAAAGAUGGACAGACCAAAGUGCCGACGAUAGGACCUUCCGGUGAAAAGUCUUUUACGUGUCAACAAUGCGGAAAGUCUUUCAAGAGGUCUUCGACAUUGUCCACCCAUCUGCUGAUCCACUCGGACACGAGGCCUUAUCCGUGCCAGUUCUGCGGCAAACGUUUCCAUCAGAAAUCGGACAUGAAGAAGCACACCUACAUCCAUACCGGUGAAAAACCGCACAAGUGCGUCGUCUGCUCGAAGGCUUUCAGCCAAUCAUCGAACCUGAUUACGCACAUGAGGAAACACACCGGAUACAAACCCUUUUCCUGCGGUCUGUGCGAGAAGGCGUUCCAAAGGAAAGUCGAUCUUAGGAGACAUCGGGAAUCCCAGCAUCCAACUGCAGGUCCAGACACGAUCAUCGUCAACACCUACAGACCCACGGAAGUCUGCAAGAGCGAUGAGUACAUGCAGACCGACGAGGUGAAACAGGAAGUGACGAGCAGUAGUUAAAUAGUCAAAUAAAAUGUAACAACAACAAAUCAACCAUUGUGCCAUCAAUCCAAUGUGAAUCGUGUGCCAUUGGUAUGAAGAAUAAUAAAUGAAAAAUAAUACUAAAAAGUAUCGUCGAAACCGUCCAAAUGUGAUGUGAUCCCGUCCAAUUUGUUAUUUGUUUGUGAGAUGAAGAAAAUGGAUCAUCGAUUAGUAAGUUAGGUGUAUAUUUAUUUAUAAGAUAACCAAAGUUACG